CUCUUUCUCCUCGUUCGUGUUAAUGGCGCAGCGCGGCAACGGCCGCUUCCAAGGUUCCACCACUCCUCCACCCGAUGCCUCCCUUCCAGCCAUUAGCACAUGAGCUCCACCUCUCGCGCCGCGCUCUCCCCGAGUCCCGAUGUCACGGGCGCCUCCCGCGUUGGCGGCUCCGGCCAACUCCACGUUCUCCCACCUCUUCCAGCUCUGCGCCCGCGGCGGCCGCGCUGCCCUCGACGCCGGGCGAGCCGCUCACGCGCGCAUGCUCGUGUCCGGGUUCGUCCCGACAGCCUUCGUCUCGAACUGCCUCCUGCAGAUGUACGCCCGCUGCGCGGACGCCGCGUACGCUCGCAGGGUGUUCGACGCGAUGCCCCACAGGGACACCGUCUCGUGGAACACCAUGCUCACCGCGUAUUCGCACUGCGGAGACAUCGCGACCGCGGUAUCACUGUUCGAUGCAAUGCCAAAUCCGGAUGUCGUGUCAUGGAACACGCUCGUCUCAAGCUAUUGUCAGCGUGGCAUGUAUGGCGAGUCUGUGGCCCUGUUUCUGGAGAUGGCUCGCUCUGGUGUUGCCUCCGACCGGACAACGUUCGCUGUCCUUCUGAAGUCGUGCGGUGCUCUGGACGACUUGGCACUCGGUGUGCAAAUCCAUGCGUUGGCGGUGAAGGCAGGGUUAGAUAUUGAUGUCCGGACUGGGAGUGCUCUCGUGGACAUGUAUGGCAAGUGCGGCAGUUUGGAUGACGCGUUCUUCUUCUUUUAUGGAAUGCCCGAGAGGAACUGGGUCUCGUGGGGUGCAGCCCUUGCUGGGUGCGUUCACAAUGAGCAGUACACGCGUGGAUUGGAGCUGUUCAUGGAGAUGCAGAGGUCAGGGAUGGGAGUGAGCCAGCCGGCUUAUGCCAGUGUCUUUAGAUCCUGCGCAGCAAAAUCAUGUCUGAGCACUGGAAGGCAGUUGCAUGCACAUGCCAUAAAGAAUAACUUCAAUACCGACCGUAUUGUUGGGACAGCUAUUGUCGAUGUUUAUGCUAAGGCUAAUAGCUUGGUGGAUGCUAAAAGGGCAUUCUUUGGGUUGCCCAGCCAUACAGUACAAACGUGCAAUGCCAUGAUGGUUGGGCUUGUGCGCGCUGGGCUUGCAAAUGAGGCCUUGGAACUGUUUCAGUUCAUGACCAGGUCAGGCAUUGGUUUUGAUGCAGUCAGUUUAUCGGGCAUCUUCAGUGCCUGUGCAGAGAUUAAGGGGUAUUUAAAAGGGCUACAAGUCCACUGCUUAGCAAUGAAAUCAGGUUUUGAGACGGAUAUCUGUGUCAGAAAUGCAAUUCUUGAUCUGUAUGGGAAGUGCAAAGCAUUGGUUGAAGCAUACUUUAUCUUCCAGGAUAUGGAGGAACGAGAUUCAAUCUCUUGGAAUGCUAUUAUUGCCGCUCUUGAGCAAAAUGGGCGCUAUGAGGACACUGUAGUUCAUUUUAAUGAGAUGCUACGCUUUGGUAUGGAACCUGAUGAUUUCACAUAUGGUAGUGUCCUUAAGGCUUGUGCAGCCUUACAAUCUUUGGAGUUUGGUUUGAUGGUUCAUGACAAAGUCAUCAAGUCAGGACUUGGUUCAGAUGCUUUUGUAGCUAGCACUGUUGUUGACAUGUACUGUAAAUGUGGUAUGAUGACAGAUGCUCAGAAACUCCAUGACAGAAUUGGGAAGCAAGAACUUGUUUCAUGGAAUGCCAUCAUGUCAGGAUUUUCACUGAACAAACAGAGUGAGGAUGCCCAGAAAAUCUUCUCACAGAUGUUAGAUAUUGGACUUAAGCCUGAUCAUUUCACCUAUGCUACAAUUCUUGACACUUGUGCUAACCUAGCUACCAUUGAGAUCGGGAAACAAAUCCAUGGUCAGAUAAUUAAGCAAGAAAUGCUGGUAGAUGAAUAUAUAUCCAGCACCCUUAUAGACAUGUACGCCAAGUGUGGGUACAUGCAAGACUCACUGCUAAUGUUUGAGAAGGCACAGAAACGGGAUUUCGUGUCAUGGAAUGCUAUGAUAUGCGGCUAUGCGCUGCAUGGUCAAGGAGCAGAAGCACUCAAGAUGUUUGAUAGGAUGCAAAGGGAGGAUGUGGUUCCGAACCAUGCAACUUUUGUUGCUGUGCUCCGGGCUUGCAGCCAUGUUGGUCUGCUGGAUGAUGGAUGUUGUUACUUCCAUCAGAUGACCACCCGCUACAAACUGGAACCACAACUGGAGCACUUUGCUUGCAUGGUAGAUAUACUAGGACGGUCAAAGGGACCGCAGGAAGCUCUGAAGUUUAUUGGCACCAUGCCUUUUGAAGCGGAUGCAGUCAUCUGGAAGACUCUCCUAAGCGUUUGCAAGAUCCAUCAGGAUGUUGAGGUGGCUGAACUUGCUGCCGGCAAUGUUCUACUACUGGAUCCUGAGGAUUCUUCAGUUUACAUUCUUCUGUCAAAUGUAUAUGCAGGAUCAGGGAAAUGGGCUGAUGUUUCAAGGACAAGAAGGUUAAUGAAGCAGGGAAGGCUUAAGAAGGAACCUGGCUGUAGCUGGAUUGAGGUGCAAAAUGAGAUGCAUGGAUUCCUUAUAGGAGAUAACGUCCAUCCAAGAUCGAGGGAGCUGUAUGACAUGCUGCAUGAUUUGAUUGAUGAGAUGAAACUGUCCGGAUAUGACCCUGAUUCAGCUUCUUUUGCUGAGGUUGACGAAGAGGGCAGUGCAUCCGAGCAAGAUGAUUUACUUGGAAUGGUUGGUGGCUAAUCAGUCCUGUAUUGAGGUUCCAAUCUACCAUUUUAUUACAAAGCUCUGAACUUAAUCUCCCCUGCAGCUGAGACAGUGAUACUGCAAAAGAUGCUCAGGCAGAACUCUGAAACUGUUUUCCCUGGCAUGUCACUGUAUCGUAAAAUGGUUUUGUUGAUCUCAUGAGUGUAUGAAAUUCACAAACGUUGGAAGACAAACUGGUGCAGAUAUUUUGCUAUAUAUAUGAUAGACUUGGCAAUUGUGAUUGUUUCCUCCACUUAUGCUGGUACAGGCUUGUAUAAAGGCACUUGACCAAAUGUACCAGAAGACUUUCUGAUUAGGUUGAGCGAGCUUAUUUGUUAUACAGUUUCUCUAAAGCAGAAUCCGAGGAUAGUAUUUGAUAUGCUUGUAUGCCAGACGUUUUGAGAAGAAGCUUGGGAUUAUAACAAGGGAAGUCAAACUUCCCAGAAGAUGCAAGGUCUUGCAAGCAUUAUCCAGUGCUAAAUGUACUCAAGAGAGUGUACAAGUUUGCAAAUAGCUCCACUGAACAAGCUUAGGACACAAGUGCUCUUCCCAACAUGUUAUUAUAUAAGUGCGGCAACUUCAAUCGAUCGAUUGAAUGUGGCAAUAGAGAUCAAUAUGUACACUCAGUUGUCUGCUUAUCCAAGAAGAACCAGUUAAGAAGCUGAGGCUAACUUUGAAUGUUUGUGAUUUUUUGUUGUCGAGGAAACACUUCCCAAGCACUUCAGAUGCAAUUAACACUGAUGGUCAAGGAUAGUUAUCAUGCCUGACAUGACAAAGGUAAAAUGGAGGAAAAUCUUGAUGCGUAUUGUGCGAAGUAUUGAAAAGCACCCGCGGAGCAAUGAUCAGCCAGGCGGUUACAACUAACAAGAAAUGAGCAGGAAAGCUACAAGCACGCUCUCUAAUAGUGACACAAUCUCUGGCAGGGUCUAUCAACCUAAAUGUUGAUGCUGCUUUGAUAUGUGAUCAGCUGAGAGGGGCGGGGGCGCUCCUUUUGCCUUUGUGGCAGAAUACGGCCGAUGUCCUAUCGCGUUACUACCAUGUUAGCGCAGUCGGUGGGAGCAACCGAGUGAUCAUCAAGGUCAAUAGGGGUUUCGUGGCCUAGUUAAAGUUAUGUUUGAGCACUGCCCAAGAGCCCAUAAUUAGUAGCCAUGCAAGUUAGUGAUCCAUAGUUCCUGGUCGGAGGAUCCACCAGAUUUUCUUGUAGUACCAGUUGGUACACGAAACAACCCUGUCUGCUAGUUAAUGUAGUCCGUUUUGCUGUCAAAAAAUAAAUAAGAAAUAACUGCUGCACAUAAAGCCCCCUUGAUUCAUUACUGAAUCAACUGGAGAAUGACCGUGAUGCAUACUACCAGUUACAUGGUUUAUUAUAGUUGAGAGCUCCCAGUAAA